CCGUUCCAUCGCAUUCAUUACCGUUUCAUCGUGUCUAUGCUUGGUAACAUGCAGUCUAACCAUUCUCCUAAUGGUCGUCAUUAUCCGGCAAAGGUCACUCUUUAGCGGCGCCAAACUGUUAAUUCUCCACCAGCUUUUCGUGGAAUCCCAACUGACCGUAAUCCACUGGCCGGUGUAUAUCCUAGAAUUCGCCUUAUCCCAGCACAGUUACCACUUUUCCACGGGAUUCUGUCAGCACUAUAAUAUGGCUUAUAUGACGACAAUGACCGCCGGCUUAUGGGGGCUGCCUGUUCUAGCAGGCAAUCGUUUUCUGGCCGUGGCCAGUCCCCACAAUUAUUCCCACUGGAAUCGCCUAUCUAUCAACGUGGUGUUGAUCAUGAUUCCCUGGUUCAUUGGCUUCUUCGAUCAUCUGCAUUUUUAUGUGGGCGGUGACGGCGGAUUCGGCCCGACGUCGCCGUUCGGUAUCUGCAGUUUUCAGCGACCGGCCAUCAGCUUUGCCAUCGCCAAUAUCUUCAGUACAUAUCUUCCGCUGGGUUUGGCUGGGCUCAUGUAUAUCCUGUUGUUCCUUAAAGCCGUGGCGAUUAACCGGAAACGCCAGAUCUGGAAUUCGUCGGGCAGUCUGUCGGCGGAGCUGGUGCAAAAUUUCCGGCGACGUAUCCGCUUGGCGCGACUCUUAUUCGCGAUGACGGUGGUGCACACGGUGUGCUUUGCCAGCAUCCCGGUGCUGCAGUCGUUCUUUGCGGCAGCGUAUAAUCGCGAUCCGAUGACGCGAGUAUGGGUGCGUCAGUUUUUCUGUCUCGGCUACCUGUCAACACCGGUGAUGUUUUUCGCUUUGAAUAAGGAAUGUUGGGAAGGUGCCAAAAGGAUAUUCAUCAAGCCACCGCCCUCUACAACCACCGUUGCGUCUGCUGAUAAAGUGUAAUUCCAUAUUGCGUAACUUUUUUAUCGAUUCAUUCGUAACAUGGUGUUAUUAGUUAACGUUCAAAGGUUUCCGCUAUUCGCGAAAGUGAAUCUUGUUAAUUUCCGAAAAUACUUUCAAAUGCUCGUUAAAUUUUCUCGGUGUUAUAAUAAGCUGGUAUGGCUGUUCAUCCGCUGCCAGUUAUGU